AUGGAUGCGUCCUUUCUCAGCUACGACUACUCUUCCUUUGUGGAAACCGACGGCAGUGCUUGGGCGAAUUUCGAAAAUCCCUGGCAGGACCACUAUCCACCGGUAACGGACGCUAGUGCUCUGCUACCGCGAACCAAUUGGCAGAGUGAAAGUCUCGUCACUGAGGACACUACAUCCCUUACCAUUUGGAACUCUCGCUCUUCAGACGGUCCGUCUCGCGUGAAUGCGGGCGACGAACACGCGUUGGAGACUUCCUGCCAGUCAACCUGGAACGCGUCAUUGGUUAACAAUGCCAACGCGAGGGACUCGAAUAACUUUUACCCGUCAGACUCGACUGAGGCGCGUUCAUCUCACGCGUCGGAAAACGCGUCGUCCGGAUCCAGCUCGAUGCACAGUACCAUUAACCCUGCGUGUCUGAUGCUUCCGUCGACGAAUACGGUAAACGACAAAGGAAUUCUUUGUCCAAACGGAGGGAAUGUCCACGCAUCGAGCAGUCCUGGAUCGGACAUGUCCAGGCCGUCCGUAAACUCGACCCCGGACCUGACCGAAUCACCAUCGACCAAUUUUAGCGCGACGUCCUCGAAGAAGCGGCAUUCGCCGGGCGACGACUCGUUUCAUGAACAUGAAUCGCCUUCAUCACGACCUAGAGGGCGCAAGGGCGCAUUCGCGUGCAACUGGCACUUACUCGUCGGCGGGACAUGUGACAACUCGUUUGCGGAUAAGCAAGCUCACGACCGUCACAUCUUGACGCAUCUCCCGACGGAGGAUGGCAAACUCUUCACCGGAUUUAAGUGCAAGCUUUGCAUGACCGAACGAAAGACCUCGGCAAUGACGAGUAGCAAUAGGAUCAACCCGCUUCGUAGGAGCAAGAAAGGCGUCUUUGUGAGGGACGAUCCACUUCUAAGGCAUAUAAGGUCUGUACAUAAGGAAAAGCUGAAAGACCAUGAUAUAUCGGAGUACAUGAUAGACAUUAAACGGCCGUGGUGGUGGCCCAAGCCUCUAUUCCAUACGAACCAAUACAAAUAUGGUGCCCUUCCACGGCCCGAAGACGAGGGGCGCAGUUGGAAAGAAUACAUUGACGAUGUCAUCGACCGUCAUCCGACGGUUGCAAACCAACCGUUCAGCGUUACGUGGAUGGACUUGAUUAAAGAAGAACUUGGGAUGGAAGUAACUUUUACUGAUGAUACAUCUGAGGAGGAAGGAACCUCUCGUCCAAACAAACGGCGAAGAAGCGAAUAAGAAGCCCCUGCCCAUUAUGUCCUCGGCUUCAUUUACUGGUUGUCUCUUCUCCUUCUCCUCUCAACUUCCCUUGAGCUCCGUCUUGUUACAUUCUACUUACUUCUGCUUUACCUCCUUCUGCAUUCUUCCUCAUUCUUAACUGUUCU